AUGUCUUCCGAACAAACUUCCGAAUUGAAAAAGUCCAUCGAGAAAAUUAACGAAGAAAUUUUGAAAAUUGAAAAAGACUACCAAGAACAAGGUGAUUCGAAUAAAGUCAAACUAGUCUCUGAAUUAUCUGAAAGUUAUGUGAACAGAGCUACCUUUCACAUUGCAUUAGAAGAUUUCAAAAGUGGAAUGGACGACUUAACACAAGCUGUUUUAUUCAAUCCUGGUAAUUCUCAAGCUUGGUUAAUGAGAGCUUUGAUGAAUUUUGAAAAAUUUGGAAAUUUACAAAAAUCCUUGGAAGAUUACAAUAAGGGAAUUGAAUUGGAUUCAACAAAUGUUGUUGCACUCAAUAAUAGAUGUAAAAUUUAUUUGGAAUUGAAAGAGUUUGAUAAGGUUUUGAAGGAUUCAUCUCUUGUUAUUGAUUUGUUGAAAUUGGAGGGAGAAUUGGGAGCUACUGUUGAGAAUGGUCAAUUGGCAUAUGAUCCAAAUGAAAUGUUCAUCAAGGCACAUAUGAAUAGAGUUAUUGCAUUGAUGGGAAAGGGUGAAUUUGAAAAGGGAUUGAGUGAUUUGAGUGAAUUAAUUAAGAGAAUUCCAAAGGAUAAAUUACCAAAGGAAUUGGCAAAUGUUUAUGUGUAUAGAGGAUCUCUGUAUGAACAAUUAUCUCAACCAGAGAAGGCCCUUGAUGAUUUUAAUAAUGCCAUCAAGAUUGAUGCAUCAAAUGGAGAUGCAUGGAGUUCCAGAGCUUUUAGUUAUAUUGAAAAGGAGGAAUAUGGAAAAGCAGUGAAUGAUUUUUCAAAGCUAAUUGAAAUUGAUCCAACCAAUGAGUCAAGUUAUAGAAAGAGAGGAAAUGUUUACAUGGUUAUGGAAAAAUUCGAAGAAGCAUUGAAAGAUAUCAAUAAGAGUAUUGAACUCACUUCAUCCGAUGAGAAGCUCAAGUCAGCCCUUGAAGAAUCACUCAAAGUAAGAGGUGCCAUCUAUCAAAAUCUUGGAGAAUUCUCAAAAGCUAUUGAAGAUUUCCAAAGAGCCAUCGAACUCGAACCAAACAAUUAUGAUGUCCUGAUUAGCAUUGGAAAUUUAUAUUUGAAUGAGGAAAAUUUCAAUCAAGCUCUUGAAUACUAUGAAAAAGCUCAAACUUUGCAACCAUCUGAAGAAUUAUCCAAAUUAAUUGAAAAGAUUAAGAGUGGAGAGCUCAACCAAGAACAACCCAAUUCUGGCUCAAAUUGCAUCAUUAAUUAACACAAAAUGAGAUGAAACUCUAUAAGAAUCUCCACAAUUUCCAUAUUCUCACCAUGUAAAUAAACAAAUUUUUCCAUC